AUGCCCGCUCCAACAGACGUCAGCCAGCUUCGCGCUUUUCUCGGACUCAUCAACUUCUACGGCAAUUUCGUCAAGGAUCUGCACGAUCUUCGCGCUCCGCUAGACGCCCUUACGAAGAAGGAUGCUGUCUACAAGUGGUCACCGGAGUGCAAAACUUCCUUCAACAAACGUGCGAUACAAGUGCCUUUACUGGACACAGAAGUUGACGGGAUAACGUUGCAGUGUGCCAUUUGCCAAGGAGCGACUGGUCACGGCCAGGAUCGCUCAGAAAGAGGUAAGGGUAAAAAAAAAGAGGUAAGGGUAAAAUGA